AUGCCAGAAGUGACAAUCCGAAUGCAUACAUCAGAUAAACCUUGGAUUACCCCAAAAAUAAAGGCACAGAUUAAAGCUAGGCAAAAGGCUUACUGCCGCGGUGAUAAAUCCAAGUACGACCAAUUAUGUAAAAAGGUCUCCAAGUUAAUUCGGAAUGCAAAACAAUCGUUUUAUCACACCGAAGGGAGAGAUCUUCGUCAAAAAGAUCCUGCAAAAUGGUAUAAAACUGUCUAUACUCUGUUGGGUGCUGAAACGAAUCAUAACUCUUUACAAACUCCAUCUAAUGAAGAUCUGUCUAAGGUUGCUGAAAACCUACAAACUGCUUUUACAAACCCAUGGCAAGAUAUCAAUGUUGACCUCCCGGACAUAAAUGAAGUUAACCACUUACUUAAGGAUACGUCACCACCGCUACCUUCCUUAGGGCAAGUACGGUCCUGCCUAAAGCACCUUAACCCAAAGAAAGCAACAGGGAUAGAUAAAAUCCCUGCCUGGUUUUUAAAGCACUACUGUGAUGAUCUUACGCCAGUGAUACAUAGUAUCGUAACAGGCAGCAUUACCCAAUCCAAGUAUCCUACUGCGUACAAGCAUGCAAUUGUAACUCCGGUACCAAAGAUACAUCAACCCAAAGAUAUAAACAACGAUCUCAGGCAAAUUUCUGUGCUUCCUCAUCUAGCUAAAAUGAUAGAGAAAAUCCAGUUGGAACUCAACUCUCAUGAUUUGGCAAUAAAGGACAACCAACAUGCUUUCGUUAAAAAUCGAUCUACUGUUUCAGCCCUGAUCUCGAUGACCCAGAAGUGGUUUGACGUAACAGAUAACUCCAAUAUUGGAAGAAAAGGGGUCCAUACUACGUUCUUGGACUUCAAAAAAGCAUUCGACCUUGUCGACCAUAGAAUUCUAUUAAUAAAAUUAACGGAAAUGAAUGUAUCGAAGGCCUUCUGGUCAUGGGUGAAGUGUUUCCUUACAGAGCGGACUCAAGAUGUGAAUUUACAUGGUGUUAUAUCUUCAAGCGCCCCCUGUCCAGCUGGAGUCCCGCAAGGCUCCGUUAUUUCUCCAACACUGUUCAAUAUUCAUAUCAAUGAUUUGGAAAACACGUUAACAAACAACCUUACAAACACGCACAAGUAUGCAGACGACUGCACUCUUGAUGAGGUCGUUGCAAACGGAGCCCUUUCAAAUAUGCAGGAAUCGACUAAUCAAGUGAUGAAUUGGGCCAAUGAUAAUAGAAUGAUGGUGAACCCCAAAAAAACUAAGGACAUGUGGAUCAGUUUUUCCCAAUCCUCUUCUGAACCCCCACCUAUACAAACGGAUGGAAUUGAAAUAGAAAGAGUAAACUCCUUCAAACUUCUAGGUGUAUGGGUGCAAAAUGACUUAAAGUGGAAUACCCAUGUUUGUAAAAUAACAAAAAGAGCAAAUAAGCUAUUAUUCCUUCUCAGAGAGUGCAGGAAAUCCUUCCUACCACCCGAGAUUGGUUUAUUAACAUAUACGUCGAAGAUCCGGCCAAUACUUGAAUACGCCUCUCCAGUCUGGGGCGGAAUCCCUAAAUAUCUUGAAGCAGAAAUUGAACGUGUUCAACAAAGAAGCUUGAGAAUCCUAGGACUUGAGAAAGAUACCCUCCCUACACUAAAAGAAAGAAGGGACAAGGCAACAUGCAACGAGCUGAAAAGGAUCGUGGAAGUCCCAAAAAACCCAUGUAAUCGUUUCCUAUCUGGUAAUAAGAAUCACACUUACGAACUGAGAAGGACCAGAGACAGCACUCCAAGACAGCUCUCAAAAACACACAGGCAUAGUACGUCUUUUAUCCCAAGGGCGUGUAGAUUAACCAACUCAUGA